AUGCAGAGUGCAUUCACGAUACGAGUGGGCGAGAAGCAGGCGGGUGGUGUGCGGGAUGUCUCGGUGCUGCACAACGGUGAGGUUCACUUUUCCGUAUCCCAUCGCAACGUGAAGUGGGCGUUUCUAACACGAUUUCCCGCCCCUUCCAGGCAGAAGCGAAGUUUGGACCCCGCAUUUGUUUUACCAGAGAGUACAUGUGCCAACAGUGAGUUGGAACUUAAUUUGGACAGUACCGGUGGGGAACGCACUGGAGCCGCAGCUCAUUGCGGCAGCGAAGCAGUGCAAGAGGAGUAUCUGUGCGUAUUUCAUCGUGAUGAGCCAAAGAAUCGGCAUAGCCACUACACCGCACAUCAAUCAUCGACAAUCUGCUCCGCCUAUAACACUGUGCACCCCGCUGCUGUCACACACUUUGUGCUAAAAAACAUUGCUCCCACGACCGUCGUGCCGGGUUUACGUGGCGUGUUUGUCCACGGCAGCCAGCAGUCUUCACGGGGAUCCUCAUCGAGGGCACUGCAGGUGGAGGGGUUUCUGUUCCAUCAGGCAGCAGAUUUAUGGUGGAUGGCUUCUCAGCUGACAUUUCGACCGGUUUACGUGAGUGCUGGAGGUUCGGAAUUGAUAACACGUCUUCCCAGCAAUCCUAUCGUAACAAUGAUGUCAGUUUCGUCGCAGGUGGAUAGUGGCAGUGCCACGCCAGGGUACGCGUUGGUGGACGCGAUUAUUCUCACCCAGUUUCAAACAUACAAGGGACGGUUAAUGACGGUGGCAGUGCGAGGCAGUGAAAUAUGUCUUGCAACGACGGUUUUAGUGGAACAUUUGGAUUCCUUGCUUUGGGUAUGGUGGCCGCAGCGUUUACAUGUGCCACAAUUACAUGUCAAGGCGACGGAUGUCUCUGUGACCAUUUCUGAGAGUCCAGAUGCCCCUGUUCAGGCACUGUUUCUUUUUGACGCACCUCAUACUUUGUUACAUGUUUUGAGAACACCGAACCUCCUGACUGGAAAGGGUGCGUUGGAGUUGCUCUUCACUAUAUCGACAAACUGUCCUCCAGUUGUGCUUCCUUCUCUGCGACCUUGUAUGAUGCAACCCAUUAUGGUGUGCCAUUACCCAUCCAUGAAUGAGGUGACUCUUUAUCAUGUUCCUACAAUCCUGGAGCACCCUUCUUCCUCCAAUAGCGUAGCCACAAUUUCCCUCGCGACUACACUGCCAAAGGAUUUUAUAGUGAAUGGUGUGUUGUAUCAGACGGGCUCUGCGGUUGCUUUUCAUGCUACCCCGCGUUCCUCCGGCAACGAAAGUGAAAGGGGAGAAAAGCACGCACAUGAAUUGAAACAAAAGACAUGCGUUGUUAGUUUUCCCUCGCUCUUGGAGGAGCAACACCCGCUUGUACAUUUUAUUUUGGAGGCGCUUGAAUUGGUUUUAGAGGCAAAUUGUGUCGCAUCGCUACAGUGUGAGUUGCUACGGCGUGCAUGGGAAAGCAAACAUUUGGGGAAUGUGUGGGAUUUUGGCAUUGGCUGUAUUGAAUUAAUCAUAGAAGUUGUCCGUACAAGUAUGAUUGGAAGAAGCAGAAGAAGCAACAUACUUGAGAAUAAUAAUAACAAUACUGGUGCUGGUGGUUGCAAUGAGAACGAUGGACGAUACUUUUUAAAAAAUGCUCUCGGGCAUGAGGAGAGGGAGGAGGUACGGUUGUGUGAUGUUCUUCUUGAUCCUAUUGCCCUGAAUGCUGAUUUGUUGCAACGUCAUUCGUUGUGCAGUCCAUGCGCCCCGGAAAAAAAUGGCCGUGAGGCCUUCCAAUAUGGUCCGAAUGUCAUUCAGCUCUGGACACAGCAUCAAUGUGGACUCAGUGUAUUUGUUUUGCAUCUUUUGUGUGAGAGCCUUAAGCUGCAGGAAAGACAUUGGGUUUUACUCGAGCCACUGGCGCAUAUGAACCUUGAGUUGAGUAAAUUGAUGCGGUGGACCCAAUAUGUUUGGUACUACUCAACCUGUCUCUGUGUGCCUGAGACAAGUGGCUUUGCAAAUCGCAGUUCGGUGGUCUCGCAACCAUCACCAGCACACGAAUUUCAGCGGACGUUGCCUGAACACAUCCUUCUUGAGAGAUUCGUCUUUUAUGCCGGUUCUUCCUCAGACGCCGUCCUCAGCGGGGCUCCGCCUAUUUUGUACACCAUAUUUCAGCGUGCACUUGCAGGGAAGGCGCGAAUGUCUGGUGGAUGGCCAGCCAUUAAAGGGGUUCUCUCCACCUCGCCCCUUUCUAUGGCCAACCGUCUUUUUUUUAUGCUGGUGGAUUGCUUUGAUACACCUCAAGCACAGCACAAUCAUGCCUCUCGCUGGUGGUUUCUUUUGUGCCGAGGUCUUUUAAAAUAUGGUAUUGAUCCCAAGUUUGUCUCUUUGGAGCUUUGCGUCGGCGUGGCGCAGCCGAUUGAGCGAGCUUUGGCUAUUGCAAAGGAUCAGGUAGAUGAUACUUGGGACAAUGACUUCAAUGCCAUCAUUGGGCGUUUGGAUCGCUUGCAACAGCAUGCGCCCACGCUUUUACGCUAUGCGGAUUCAUCCGGUGAUGUUGUGCGGGCUGCACAGGAGCGGUCCAUUGGAAGGCAAUACUGUGCCACUCUGAAUGAUGAUGAUGGCGUCAUUAUGCGACCGGACUUCCCGAAGCACUGGGGCGAUCCUCGAAUGGACAUUGUGCAGACCAUGUUAAACACGGCCGCCCCCAUUGCCUUGCCAAGUCAAUUAGACGGCGCGGAUGCCAUUUACGCCUCUUUAAAAACUCUUUCCAGACGUGCCACCGCUCUUCCUGUGGGACGUGGCAUUUUCACACUUUGCACGCAGAAUUUUAGGCUGCGUGAUAGUGUGCCAAUCCCACGUCUAAAUCUAGAGGGUCGAACGAGCGAUGGGAUUACAAUCACAAACAGCUCAGAUGAAUUUUCUUCAGAGAAUUUAAUAUGGCCAUUGUUUCACAACGGGUGUGCAGCGGGGCUGCGCUUCCUUCCAUUGCCUCAGGGUCAUGGUCAUGUGAAGGAGGAACAAUCCAUCACACGGCACUGGGUACUGUACCAAACACGUAAUAUCACAUGUCUUGCAUCCCGAUCUGGAUUACUCCUUGCGGCAGGACUUCUGGGACACUUAAAACUGCUUCAGCGGACUGAUAUAUAUUCACUGCUUGUCUCACCUCAAUCGGAGUUUUCUGGUCGUGAGACAGUUACCAUCGCUGUGAUGCUGGGUCUUAGUUGUAGUCUACGUGGAACGUGUAAUAGCAUUGUUUUUAAUUGUCUCUCAAUGCACGUGCAGUCCCUCACCCCUGCCACAGAAGACAUUGAGGUUUCCCUAGACGCUCAAACUGCCGCGUUGGUUUCCAUUGGAAUUCUACACCAGAGAUGCCCAGACGCUUUUUUGGCAGAGAUGCUUCUUGUACAAAUUUCACGCCUUCCAUCGGAUGAACAUUUUCGCGACAGAGAGGGAUAUGCAUUGGGAGCGGGGUUUAGUCUCGGCCUCAUUUUUCUUGGCAUUGGGAGUUCGCAUGGUGUGCCAAAUGUUGAGAAUCGCCUAUUAAAAUUUAUGGAAGGGGCACGCCGUGAAACUGUUCCAUCCACCUGUGAGGGAUUGGAGGUCUUUAAUGAACGCAAUCCCGAUAGUGGUCACUUUCUUACCCGAGCGUUACUGCUGCGGAACACAAAAGAUUCCUUUAGGAGCCAUUGCACUCGCGUAUAUGAAGGUGAUUGCUUUAACACUGCCGUCUCGAGCCCCGCGGCGGUUGUGGCACUGGGCUUUAUUUACAUGCAGACAGACGAUGCUUCCAUGGCAAAAAAAGUGUCUCCCCCAAACCGUUUGGUGGGACUGCAGGGAAUAUAUCCGGAACUUUGCCUACUACGCUCUAUGAUGUCUUCUCUUAUCUUGUGGUCAAGCAUUGAACCCACGUGUGAAUGGGUUCGGCAAAGUAUUCCUUCAUGUUUAAUGCGACUUGUAAAAUCUCCUCGGCAGAGUGGGUUGGCACCCGCUCAAGUCUCCUACCUCAUGAUGAAUCUAGGACACUGUCUUGCUGGUGUUAUUUUGGCUUUGGGUAUGCGCUACGCAGGUUCCAUGGACGCUGACGCAAAGGCGUUGGUUCUCGGUGAAUUGAAAGGUUUUAUGCGAGGGAGAAUUGGAACUACAGGAGCGGCGAUUAUUACCAUUCAGCGUUCUACGGGCGCUUUUCAACCGUGUCUUUCGGCAUGUACAGUGGCGUUGGCCCUUAUCAUGGCUGGGACGGGUGACGCUCAGUGCCUCUCUGUCAUGCAGAAACUUUACAAGCGUACGAAUGUGAAAUAUGGCGAUCAUCUUGCACUCUCCAUGUCUAUUGGUUUGUUGUUCCUUGGGGGAGGCCAACUUACACUCUCAAACUCACUCAGCUCCGUUGCGGCGCUGGUCAUGGCCUUUUAUCCGGUCUGGCCCGAUACAACUUCGGAUAACAAGAUGCAUUUACAAGCACUCCGUCAACUUUAUUGCCUAGCAGUUGUGCCUCGCGUCAUUGAGACAAUAGAUGUCCUCACGAACCGAUCUGUGUCUGUGCCCAUUCGUGUCAUUGUGCAUCGUGGGCGACUUGGUCAAACAGAACCCACUAGUGUUGUGAAGGAGUUAUGGACUCCGCUGCCGAAGGGGAAGGAGGAUCAGGCGGUCCGUAUGGUGACCCCCUGCCUGUUGCCUGACAAGAGUACAGUCACACAGAUUGAGAUUCGCAGUGCGCAGCACUACAACCUUACCAUCUACAACACAGGCUCCAACGUCAUUGAUGAUAGGGGUCUCGUUGUUCGUGUAUUGGAGAAAAAUGUGGUCCACACGGAUUCCGAAACAUUUUUGCGUAGUCCUAGCGAGGAACUUGUGGUGCACUGGAUAAAACGUCUUUUUCACGGGGAGCCACAGCAGCGCCCACGUCCCAUAGAAGCCACAGUCAUUCUUGACAAUGUUAACCUGUUGUUUGCGGCGCAGGAAAGUUUCUUGUCAGAGAUUGGCUCCACCGAAAACGACUUUUCACCGGAUUUUGUUAUGAACGCCCGGCGCACGUUGGCGAAACGUUACGGAGGUCUUUUGCAGCAUUGCGGGGCGAUGUCAUCUUGUCAUCCUCUUGCUCAGAUCAUCAUGAUGCGGAAGUCUCUCUACAGCGCAGCUGUAUCACUUUUGCAGAGUCUCAGGGAUGGUGCAGAAUGCUCAUGUGAUCUUGCACCCGUUUUGGAGUCUCUGCGCUUCUACAAUACCGCCACGGAGGCGGAGACAGAAGGUGGAAAUGGGGGUGCUGGUCUGGUCACUUCUGUUGUCAUGAAAUGGCUUUCUCAAGCAUUACAUUUCUACGGCUUGGUCAGCAGCAUGGGAUCGUUAUCGCAGGUGUUAGCAGAUCACGCAUCAUUUCUUCAGCGGCGAGAGCAGCGCUUCCUUGCGCUUCAUUCCAUAAAUCAACAGCUUCUUCUUCAUCCACGAGUGCUUGAGGACCUUGUCGAAUGCUGUGUGGAGUAUGUAGAGUGA